AUGGAAAAGGCGAAACCGACCGGAGAUCUCGAUUCCAUAUUUAAAAAAUACUGCAAGAAAUCUCCCGAUUUUAAAAAUUGCGUUUCGAAUUUUACGGAAGCGUUUCAACCAUGUUUGGAAAAGGACGAAAAAAGUAGCGUCGCAACGAUUAUGAACGUGACAGAGCAAUUGGCCGAAUUUAUUUGCUACAAGGAAGGCGACAGAAUUGCUUUGUUCAUUGCCGAAGGUGGUCCAGAAUGUUUGGAAUCGUCCAAAGAAUCCAUCGGAGAAUGCGUUCAAACGGUUUACAAAAAAAAAUUACCCAAAACGGAAAACGUUUCAUUGAGCGAUUUGACAUCCGACAUUCCUCUUCUUCUUUUCCAAACCGAACAAUGCGAGAGUUUUCACAAGUUUCAAAAAUGCGUGGUAGGAAAAUUGGAGAGUUGCAAAGAACCGACUCCGGCAAACAUAAUAGAUUCCCUUUUCACGUUCAUUAAAAGAGCAACGCCUUGCGCUUCGUACAAAUUUGUCGAGGAACCGACAGAAUUAUCCUCUCCCUCGGGAUCAUCAAUCAGUUAUAAUUUUACGUCGUCCGCAUUUUUUAUUCUCGCCUGUUUAUCGGCGCUCAAAAUUUUCUUUUAA